AUGGGUCAUGAUGUGGAAAUACCAGCAAAGGGGAAUUUGGCAAUGCAGAUUGAUGAAAUGGAUGAGAAUUUAGCACACAAUGAAGAAAUGAGGGGGAAUUUGGCAGUAGUAACUCAGUCAGUUAUGGGAGCGACAAACAACUAUGUUGACAUCCCAUUUACAAAUGAAAAUGAUGAUGUGGAAUUUUAUGAUGAGGGCGAGAUUAAUGAGAUACAUUAUGAUGAUGAACCUCCAACAAAUAAGGCUUCUUCAGAUGAUGGUGAACAUAUUAUGCCUUCCCUAAUGUUCAAACAAUUGAAUUGGGAUGCAAUAAAUAGCAUGACUGGAUUGUGGAAUGAAUCCAAUGAGUUGUUUAAAGUAUUGAGAUUUGAGAGUAAAGAAGACUUGCAAUAUGCUGUAAAACGUUAUGCAAUAUGUCAGAAUCAACAUUUGGUGGUUUGUGAAUCAGAACCACAAUUGUGGGCAGUGAGAUACCACUCUCAAUUGGACUCUACAUUGAUUGCAAGAGAGAUCCAAAAUGUAGUUCAGAGGGAUCACACUACCUCUAUUGCUACAUUACACCAGAUAGUGAAGGAUAAAUUUGGAUAUGAUGUCCAUUAUAGGAGAAUUUGGGAAACUAAGAGAAAAACAAUGCUUAGAGUUUUUGGUGAUUGGGAUGAAUCUUAUCAAGCAUUGCCGAAGUGGAUGAACAUCCUUCAGCUAACUAAUCCUGGAACAAAGAUUGUUUGGAAGACAAUACCUUUAGGAGGGAUUUCUGGGAACGUGCGGUUUAUGUGUGUUUUUUGGGCAUUUGGGGCAAGUGUUGAAGGGUUCAAGCAUUGCAAACCAAUUAUACAAAUUGAUGGUACAUUCCUAUAUGGAAAAUACAUGGGGAAGCUUUUAAUUGCUACUUCAAUUGAUGGAAAUGGUCAUGUAUUCCCCCUUGCGUUUGCAAUUGUUGAGGAAGAAUCACAGGAUAGUUGGUCUUGGUUUCUUAUUGCAUUGAGGCGUCAUGUCACUCAAAGAGAAGGGAUAUGCUUAAUUUCAGAUAGCCAUGCAGGAAUAAAUGCUGCUGCUAGAAAUCCAUCAGUUGGAUGGAGCCCCCCUCAUGAGCAACAUCGAUAUUGUCUUAGGCAUGUAGUGAGUAAUUUUAAUGACAAAUUUAAGAAUAAGGUCUUAAAAGAGUUGGCGUAUAGAGCUGGAUGUCAACAUCAACUGCGGAAGUAUGAGAGAUACAUGGAAGAGUUAAAACGAUUGGAUGAAAAAAGUAUGGCUUGGUUUUCAAAGUUAGACACUCAAAAGUGGACUCAAGCAUAUGAUCUAGGCUAUCGGUAUGGGUGGAUGACCACAAAUAUUGCUGAGUGCAUUAAUGGGGUGCUUAAAGGAGCGCGAAUGUUACCUAUCACUGCACUUGUUCAAUUAACUUUUUAUCGAUGUGUGUCAUACUUUGAGACUCGUAGAGUAGAGAUAUAUGCUAGAAUGGCAGUUGGAGAUGUGUACACUGCGUAUGCAAUUGAAAAUUUUCGAAGAGCCGAGGCUAAAGCUAGUGGACACACUGUCACCAUUUUCCAUCGAAUUCAUGAAACAUUUGAAGUAAUUACUGCUCUCCAUGGGUUUUAUAUGGAUAAAGGACGUAACAAACAAGUUGUUAAGCUGAAUGAAGGUACAUGUAGUUGUAAUAAGUGGCAAUCAUUUGGCAUUCCAUGCUCACAUGUGCUAGCUGUUUCUGCUCAUAUGAGGAUUGAUAGUUGGCAAUUAGUUGAAAAAUACUAUAGGCUGGAUGCCUAUGCCAGUUGUUACGGUCCUGAAUUUAAUCCCAUUCCUCAUGAAUCUUAUUGGUCGUAUCCUGAUUUUCCUAUUCUCCACCCUAACCCAACUUCGAUGAGGGAUAAGGGGCAUCCUAGAUCAUCAAGGAUAAGGAAUGAAAUGGAUUUGAAGGAACCAAGUGUUAGGAUUCGAUGUGGGUUAUGUAAAAUAGCGGGCUAUAAUCGUCGCAACUGUCCCACAAAAGAUGGAGGGCAAUCCUCCAACCCCCUUCCUCAUGACAAUUAA